CUUCCCUCUGAGGGUAAACCAGAGCCAUCCACAAAGCCCCUUCCAUCUGAGGGUAAAGCACAACCACACACUCAGGCCCUGCCUUCUGAAGGUAAACCAGAACCCUCCAGUCAGGCCCUACCCUCUGAGGGUAAACCAGAGCCUUUCAUGCCUUCUGAUGGUAAACCAGAACCAUCCAGUCAGGCCCUGCUCCCUGAAGAUAAACCACAACCUUCCCUGCCUUCUGAAAGUAAACCAGAACCCUCCACAGGUGCCUUGUCUGCUGAUAGUAAACCAAAAUCACCCAUUAAAUCUCCUUCAGAAGAUAAAGAAAUGGAGGAUACAGCUCGAGAAAGGGAUGAACAUAAGCCUUCAGUAGAGGGUAAGAAAGCUGUGGAAAGCAAACCUGACCAACAGAGGGAUAAAGCUAGCCCAGUGAAAACCCCAAGCAGAGAUAAAACCCCCAAUGACCAAGACUCUGAGAGGAAGAUGUCUCUUGGGGAAAGAACAAGAGAACGUGUCACAACAGAGCCUAAGUUCAGUGUUGCUAUUGGUCGUGCAAAAUCGAUGCCACGUCCUGAUCAUGAGGGAAAACAAGUAAUAUUACAGAAAGUAUGCAGAAAAACUAUGAGACCAAAGCAAGCAGCCUCCAAGGGUGUUGUUGAUGAGAAAACUGCUGCCAUCCUGGAGGACCCCAAUACUUUCCGAGGGCCUGAGGGUGAGUCUUUGUCAUUAGAGGACGCUUUAAGAUUAAAGAAAGUUGAUGGUAAUAGUGGAGCCAUUGUUGAUAUAGCAUGUGGGGUACCAUUAACCAUCAAUGAGGCUGUUGAGAAUGGUGUCCUUGAUGGUGCUACAGGCAGAGUCUUAGUGCCGGUUGGAAGAAGUGUUACUUUGCCUGAAGUAAUAUCUCAAGGACUUUAUGAUAUUGAAUCUCAACGAUUCAUUCAUCCAGAGACCGGCACCAGAUUGACUCUACACGAGGCUAUACUGUGUGAUAUUAUCGAUCCAUCGUCACAGAUAUUGGAGCCAGACACACAACAAAUCAUUACUCUGGAUGAAGCUAUUUCAAAGGGGAUUAUUAACCAAAACUCUGGCCAGGUGAACUUAAAGAAAGGUCCAGUGUCUAUGUUAGAGGCAGUUGAUGCUUCCAAUGUGUUUGUUACCUCAGCAGUGGCUAGGGUUGAUUGGCUUCCUCCUCUUGGAAUGACCUUCCCUGUGGCAUUGGAGAGAGGCCUUGUGGAUGCAGACAAUAAAGAAAUCAUUAACCCAGUGACAAGUGACCGCCAGCCCUUGAAGAUGGCUAUUGACAAUGACUUUAUCCUUGCUCUGCCUUGCCCUAUUCUGCCAGAUAGUGUACAGGUUACACAAGCUCUGGAUUGCAAACUGAUAAAUACCAAUGCCUGCACAUUCACCGUUCCAAAUACUGGUGAAGAAGUUCCAGUUAUGGAGGCUGUUGAAAGUGGCUUGCUGCAGAUCAGACCUAUGACAAAAGUAAUAACUGAUAAAACAGAUGUAAGAAGAGAGGUUUCCUUCACAGAAACUGUUACUUCAUAUGAAACUAUUACAACCAAGACUGUGAGAGUAGUAUCUGGUUAUGUACUGAUCAGCCCAACUGAGGUGAAGAAUACCAACACAGGGGAAGUGAUAACACUUGAAGAGGCAAAGAAGCAAGGAAUGGUUGUAGAAAUUGACUCCGAGACCAGUGGGCAGAAGCUGACAUUCAGAGAGGCUGUUGAGCGAGGACUCAUUGAUUUUGCAAGUGGAACCUUCCAGGACCCUGAAACUAACCGCAAAAUUCCGAUUGACAAAGCUAUUCAACUAGGUUUGGUUGAACCCGUAGAACCUGCACCAUCGACUGAGGUAACCAGUAAGAUUAACAUCAUGCAGGCCUUCUCUACUAUAUAUCAUGAACAGUCUGGCAAGUUCAAAGACCCACAAACUGGAACAUUGUUGACUCUAGACGAAGCCGUUGAUAAAGGAGUAAUUGAUCCAGAUGCAAUGGUCUAUGACACGAAGAGUGGUGAUGCAUUAACUACGAAGGAGGCCAUCGAUAAAGGAGUAAUUGACGUUAAAGCCGGUGACUUUAUCGAUCCUAAAUCUGGGACUAAAGUAAAAGUUAAAGAUGCUGUCAAGAUGGGUCUACUUGCUGUCAUAGGUGCUCCUAUUCUUGCAGGAAUGGCAGUCAAAGAAGUCAUUAAAGGUGCUCGGGAGAAAAUGAAAACUUCUCCAAAACAGGUCAGGACAACCAUAGUUACAGAGAUAGUUCAGGAAUAUAUGCCAGCCAGAACAGCUGAAGACAUGCUGCAGAGGCCAUCUUUAAGCCCUGAAGACAAGUUGUAUUUCCCUAUCAUUGAAGUUGGCCAGAAGAUGACACUGAGAACUGCAAUGGAGGGAUGUUACAUCGAUGUUGAUUUGUGUGUUGUUGUUGUCCCGUCCACAGGAGACAGACAACCAUUACGGCGAGCAGUGAGAGAAGGUUCUAUUACACUUGUUACUGUCAUCGAAAUUCGAAGUAGAACUGAAAUCUGGAUUGUUGAGGAAAUAACAAUUAUAACAGAAGUGGUCAAGACCUUAGAUCCGGCAGUUAUGGCUCAAAGGGAACAGUAUGAUCCUGAGAAUGGUAAUUUCAUCGACCCAAGGACAGGAGAACCAGUAUCCUUCCAGAAAGCCGUGGAGAUAGGCUCAUUAAUUCCAGAUCAUACUCUUGUGAAAGAUCCUUUAAAUGGUCGAGAAAUUCCUCUCACUGAUGCUAUUAAAGAGGGCAUUGUUGACCCUACUACAGGUGAAAUCUUAGACUCUCAGACUGGGGAAUGUUUACCAUUCUUUGAGGCUGCAAAGAAUGGUUUAGUGAAGGCUGAUGACAAAAAGGAACUUAAGAAAUUGGAAGAAAAACCAGAACCCAUGAUUGCUCUUAAUGAGGCCAUUGAGCAGGGCCUACUCAAACCUGAUACUGGGAUGUUCACGAAUCCAACUACUGGCAAAAGUAUGGUAAUUGGAGAUGCUGUACAAAGUGGCCUUCUUGACCCAUCCACAGUGCAGAUCUUUGACCCUAGGAAUGAAGACAUCGUUUCUCUAAAGGAAGCAGUAGAGAUUGGUCUUGUUGACUUGGAUUCAGCGACAUUUACUGACCCAGAAAAUGGUUGCGAGAUAGACUUCACUACAGCCCUUACCAAAGGAAUAUUAGUACCCAAGAGAAAGCCCAUGUCUCUAGUGGCUGUAGUGAGGAAGAAUCUUUAUGACCCAAAGUCUGGGAAGAUCACAGACACACUCAUGAAACAAAAACUAGAUGUGGAUGAUGCUGUUAAGAGAGGAGUUGUUGACUCUUUCAUCACACUAUGUAAAGAUGCAAAGGCAGACAAGUUCAUCACCUUGGAUGAUGCUUUAACCAAUGACUUGGUUGUAGCUCAGAAUGGGAAGUUAAAGAACACAAAAAAGAAUACUUUCAUCACUUUUGAUGAAGCAGUACGACAGAGUAUGAUAGUAAUACAACGGAACCCUGUAACUCUAACUGAUGCAGUGCUAAGUGACAUGUAUGAUCCACAGGAAGGCCACUUCUAUGAUGCUUGUGAGGGCGAAGAUUUAACAUUAAAUGCAGCAAUAUUUUAUAAAUUGGUUGAUGCAAAUACAUGCAGAGUAAAGAUAAAUGAAGAAACAUACACUGUUAGUGAUGCUCUUGACAAGGCUAUUUUGGAUGGUGAAAAUGGAAAAUUACUUCAGCCAGAAGAGCUAAGCCUUGAUGAGGCAGUGAGAAAAGGUUACCUUGUGCCAGCUAUUGGUUCCCUCUCAUUACAACAAGUUCUUGAAGAUGGCUUAUAUGAUCCAGAGACUGGUCUGAUCACUGUAGAUGGUGACCGCAUCACCAUAAAGGAAGCUGUCCAGCGAAAUAUUAUUGAUCCUUCUUGCCUCUCGGUAAAAGAUCCACGAACUGGUGAACCAAUCACUCUGGAAGAUGCUAUCAAAGUUGGCAUUAUUGAUCCCACCACUGGAACAUUCAGAGACCCUGUAACAGGAGCUGAUGUUGAAUUAAUGGAGGCCUUGACUAAAGGUGUUGUUAUAGAAGGUCGAACAAAGUUUACCCUCUAUCAGGCUGUGACCAAAGGGCUGUAUAACCCUAGCACAGGCCGUGUCACCAGUCCCCUGUCGCCAGACCAGAUGACUGUUGGCCGUGCAAUACGUGCUGGUCUCAUUGACACGAAUACAACUCUGGCCAGAGACCCUACAACAGAAAAACUUAUGAGUUUCAAGCAUGCUAUUGGGAAGGAACUUGUUGAUACCAGAACUGGGAUGUUCAACUUUGGAAGAAUUAAGAAGAUGAAUUUCAAGGAUGCAUUUGAGCAGGACUACCUUCUUGAGGCACCAAUGCCAAUGGCUUUGAGAGUUGUGAUUAUGAAGGAACUCUAUGAAGAGGAAUGUGGAAAAUUCCUGAAUCCAUCCACAGGGGAAUGGAUUACACUCUCUGAAGCAUUGGCUAUACAGAUGAUUGAUCCUGACUCCACGCAUGUGAAGGACACGCUCUCUGGUCGCCUGAAGAAAGUGAAUCUAAGGGAAGCUGUUGAGUAUAAAAUAAUUGAUGGGGAGUCUGCUUUAGUAAAGAACCACCAGACAGGUAGCUGGCACACCUUACUGGAGGCAUACGAACUGACACUCAUUGUGGACAGUCGUGUAGCCAUGUCACUGCAGCGUGCACUACACCAGGGACUGCUCGAUGAUGAGCAGGGACUUCUGACUGAUGUUAACACUGGCAGGAAGAUCACGUUACAUGAGGCUAUGCGGCGACUUGUUAUAAAUCCCAGCCUGCCUUGCUACUGGGACAGCAACACUUCCAAUUGUUUGUCACUUGUACAGACCUGCAGGGAAGGCAUUAUUGAUCGCAGACAUGGCAAGUUUAAUGACCCAAAGUCUGGCUGCACCCUCACCCUCAUAGAUGCUCUUGAGCACGGUAUGAUCCUUGAUAUUGACAAACCACAAAGUCUGUAUGAUGCAGUUACUAUGGGCUUCCAUGAUAAUAAGUCGGGCCGCAUGAUCCAACCAAACACGGGUCGAAAAUUGACUCUAGCAGAUGCUUGUAAGCAAGAUAUAGUUGAUCCGUCUAUCUCGGUCAUCAGAGAUCCAAUUAAAUCUCGUUUCUUGAAGUUAAAUGUAGCUGUUGAUGAAGGAAUCAUUGAUGAUAUGAAGGGCAAAUACAUCAUGCCCAAGACUAAAGAAGAACUGACACUUGAAGAUGCUGUUGACAAACACUUAAUAGUUACUUCCAAGCGGCCACUCACUGUUGAAGAAGCAUUACAGUACUGUCUGUUUUCUCCAGAAACUGGACGGUUUACAGAGCCAUGUGUGGGAGACAAGCUUGAUAUUGCAGAGGCCAUUACUCAUGGUCUUAUUGAUGGCAACACCUCUGCCCUGAAGAACCCUGUGGACGAGUCCAUUAAGAGCAUCCGAUCUGCCAUAGAGGACAAAGAGAUUGAUGCUUCUAAAGGCCUUGUCACCGAUCCUAAAUCUAUGAAGGCUUACACCAUCAAUGUAGCAUAUGAAAAAGGACUUAUUGUGACUGUAGGCAAACCAAUUAGCUUCAUGCAGGCAGUUAGAGAGGGUUCCAUUGACUUUGAGAAAGGCACUUAUACAGAUCCAGAAUCAAAGAAGGAGUACACAUUAGAAGAAGCCCUCUGCUUUGAACUUAUUGAUCCUGAUUCUGCAGUUAUUAAGGAUCCAAACACUGGCAGAUACAAAACGCUAAAGCGAGCCAUCGGGGAAGGACUAAUUGACUUAAAGAAACGGGCUCUUUUUGACCCUCAGACUGGUACUUUGAAGACUCUUUGCAUUAUCUUUGACCAGGGCACCAUUGUUUUCCUCAGGGAACCCCUGUCAUUUGACGAAGCCAUUGAUAAAGGCUACCUUAACCCUGAAACAGGCAUGUAUACUGACCCUAACUCAAAGGAGGUUCUGAACCUGAAGGAGACCUGCCGCCUGGGACUCAUCGAUUCGGAGACCGUGCUGAUAAAGAACACUCGUAACCGACAACUGCUACAACCAGUGGAGGCAUGUGAGAUAGGAGCCGUUGAUGCAGAGAAGGGCAUGGUGUAUAAUACAGCCACCAGUCAUCUGCUCACUAUGGCUGCUGCUAUCGAGACUGGUCUGAUUGUUACCCCUCGCCGUGGUCUUGCCCUUCUUGAAGCUCUGGACUAUGGCCUCUUUAGUGUAGAAACGGGACGUCUGUUAAACCCACACCUGAAGCAACAUAUCACCCUGCAAGAGGCAAUAGCCUGUGGGCUGAUUGACAGCACCACAACCAUGGUAAAGUGUCCCUCCAGUGGCAACAUCCAAAGCAUGACUGAGGCUGUACGGAGUGGGGUACUCGACGAGCAGGGUGGCGCUGUGGUGGAUUCGACCUCAGGCACCCGCUACCUGCUUCCGGAGGCCCGCCGCCAGGGUUAUCUACUCACCGCGCAAGCGCGGCAAGCCAUGAUCGAGAAGUACAGACAGUGCGAUGCAACCAUUGUGGAUAUGGUGGACAGCGUAAAUGAGAUCGAGCGGCGCCUGGCAGAGCAAGAACCUGUCAGUGAGAAUCCAAAUGGUCUUCGAAACCAGAUCAACACAGUCAAGGCUAUCAAGGAUGAAUUGGAUGAAAUGUUCCGACCUCUGGGUACAUGCCUGGAUGGUGUGAGGCAGGUAGUCAACCAGGGUGGUGAUGUCUUGUCCCGUGAGGAGCUCGAGUCCCUGGACCAGGCUGCCACACUACUGAAGCAGCGCUAUGACCACUGUGUGGUUCAGGCUGACACUACACAUCGUCGUCUAACCACUGCCAUGGAAGAAUUUUCAAAAUAUGAAAAGGAGAUUGCACUCUUCCAGACUUGGCUGAAGCAAGCCACCAAGACUCUCCUGGAGAAGGAACGUCUUUGCUCAGACCUCAAUAAAAUCAAGAAUCAUGAACAAGGCUGCCGAGAUUUUCUGGGUGACGUCAUCGCCCACCAGGCUGACUUACGCUUCAUAACCAUGGCCACACAGAAAUUCCUGGAUGAAUCAAGUUUGUAUCUCCGCACUGUCAACAAUUUCCGCACCUCCCUGCCAGAGCGCUAUCCAUUGUUGCAGGCUGACCCAGACUCCAUGGUUCGUGAUGCAGCUGAUGAUGUCACUGCAGAAUUCAAGGACCUCCUUGCACGUGCCAAUAAACUUGUAGAUAAGGCAACCAGUGUGGGUAACAAACAACGUGAUUACACAGAAGCUAUUGAGAAAGCUACCCGUUGGCUCAAAGACACAGAGGUGAAGGUGGUUCGCAUUCUGCAAGAACCAGUUGGUGCUGACCCCAAGGGUGUUCAAGACCAAUUGGACAAGGCCAAGGCCAUUAAUAAUGAUGUUGUGGCACAGUCACGCUUGUUUGACAACUGCCGUGCAACAUCAGUGUCUCUGCUCCGUGCCCUGGAGGGAGAACUGGACGCCCGUGAGCAGGAGGCCAUUGAGCAUCCCCCAGAGGAGCUGUACGAACGCUAUGCGGAGUUGGCUGACCGUCUGGGAUACCGCUGCCAGGAACUUGAUACUGCCCUUGUCCAGUGCCAGGGUGUCCAGGAAGGCCUAGACUCUCUUAUGUCUUGGCUGAACAGCAUUGACCUGCAGCUAAAGAACGCCAGCAAGCCCGCCUCGCUAAACCGGGACCGUCUGGACGAGCAGCUCCGGGAACACCGUCAACUCCACGCCGACAUCAUGUCUCACCAGGCGUCGGUGGUGCAGAUCAACGACUCGGCUGAGGCUCUCCUCACCUCCGCCUCCAACGCCAGGGUCGCCAAGAAGAUUGAGACCAAGCUCAGGGAACUCAACACCAAGUUUGAAAAGGUGGUAGAAAAGUCAGAAUAUCGUGGCCAGCAUCUUGAAAUAGUAUCAACUCAGCUGGAUGCAUUCACUGUCUCUGUGGAACAUUUUGAGGAAUGGUACAUCGAAAUUGUUGAAAUUGUUGAAUCUCGGGAGGUCCUGUCUCUGGAUGUGGAAAGCUAUGCACGGAAGAUUGACGAAAUCGCUCGACAGCGUGAUUCACGGUCAGAUGACUUUGAUGGUAUGAUAAGGACUGGCAGGGAAAUGGUGACUAAGAAGGAUGUCACAGAUACUGCUCCAGUGAAGGACAAGAUCAAGAACUUGGAGGGUCAGUGGAAGGAACUUAAUGAUACAUUAGAUGAAAGAGCACGUAAUGGCAAGGAACGUUCAGAACAACUACUGGCAUAUGAACAGCUUCGUGACCGCUGCACACAGUGGCUUACAACCACAGAAAAUACUCUGGAUAAUGCUCAACCUGUUGGUUUGGACCAAGAAGUUGUCAAGAGGCAGGUUGAUGACUUGAAGCCACUCCUUAAAGAGUACCGUGAAUAUGGAACCACAUUUGACAAACUGAAUGAGCUAGGAAAUGCCUAUGAUGCACUGCUACGUGGAGAAAGGCCAGAAAGUCCAUCAAGAAGACGAUCGUCUGUGACUCCAGUGAAGCGCCCAUCCAUCACUUCGCCUCUAAAAUCUCCAGUGAGGCGAGUGUCACAAGACGCACGCAGUCCCUCACCAUCUCACAAGUUGAUGGGCUUCAACGGCUCUGGCCCCUUGUCUCCCAUCCCGGGCGGUUAUGCUAGCAGACGCACGUCACAAGAAGGAUUCCACCUUGAUGAUAUGAGUCCUAUUCAGAAGGAGCUGAUGCAGGUUAACAACCGGUAUGAUAUGAUUGGAAUGAGGCUUAAUGAUCGCCAGAAUGAAUUGGAUGUCAUGAAGGAUGAACUUAAGAAGUUGGCCGACAGCAUACGCUCUGUCACCUUGGCUCUAGAUAAGUCAGAACGCAGCAUGCCAAGAGAAGCAGUACCUACCACCAAGGAAGAAGCUGACAAACAUAAUAGACAGUGUAAGAGUAUUUUGGAUGAUCUACUUGAGAAACAACUUUCUCUUGACUCGCUGAAAAACCAGGUGACUGAGCUAAUCAAGAAGCGGCCAACUGCCCCAGGUGCUGACACUUUACAAGAUCAAGCAGACAUUCUCAAUGAUCGAUAUAGGGAACUACAGGGUCGUCUGAAGGAUCGCCUCACUUUCCUGGAACAUACAAAAGACUUCCUUGAUAGUUUUGACUCCCUCAACAACUGGCUUAAUUCUAAGGACAGAAUGAUGAGUGUGCUUGGACCAAUAGCCUCUGACCCUCGCAUGGUACAGAUGCAGGCUCAGCAAGUGCAGGUGUUGAGAGAUGAAUUCCAAGCACAAGAACCAAAACUGGGCGAUCUCAAUGAUGCCGGAGACAAGAUUAUCGGUGUAUGUGAACCAAAUUCAAUGGCUGCAAAGAAAAUCAAUGACAAGUUGGACAGUAUCAACAAUAAAUGGACUGAACUCAUUGGCCAACUAGAUGCUCGUGAUUCUGCCCUUAAUGCAGCUUCAGAUGCCAGCACAGACUUUUAUGAUAAUUACAACAAAUUACAUGACACACUUCUCAAGUUGGGUGAUGAUUUUGAUGAAGUUAAUGCCAAUGGUGCAGAUUCAGCUCAACAAAUCGAAGCCGUUAAUACCUUAGGAAAAGGAUUGGAGACGGCACGGGGUUCUUUAAUUGAUCUGGAAGGCCUUGGGGACCACCUUAUAUCUAUUUUGUCAGAUCCAUCUUCCAAGAAUGACAUAAAGUCUAAAAUAACUCAACUCAACAAGAUGUUUAACAACCUUGAAAAGAAGCUUGGCAAUCGCAAAUCUGAAUUGGAGGCAUCACUCAGAGAUGAAGAGAUGUUUGGCCAGCAAUGCCAGGAUAUUCAAGAAUGGUUAGCAGAUCAAGUGGCACACUUGAAAGAUCAACUAUUGGUUUCUGCUGACAGAGACACGUUAUCAAACCAAGUGGGUGAUUUUGAACCUAUUUACAGGGAUCUUAUGGCCAAGGAACAUGAGGUGAUCAUGAUGAUUAAUAAGGGCAAAGAAAUAGUUGCAAAAUCAUCUCGUAAAGAACUCAAUCGCCAGUUAUCAGAGACUUUAGAUGCUAUUAAGAAAGAGUGGGACAAUGUACGUAAGACAGCUGUAGAUCGCCGCACAAGACUUCAGAAGUGCAUGGAUACCUGUAACAAGUUCCACAGUUUACAGGACAAGUUCAAUCCUUGGUUAGAUAAGGCUGAGGAAAAGGCACAUAAUUUAGAACCUAUUGCCUUUACAAAGAAAGCAAUUGAUAAACAGAUUAAGGAAAUCCAAUCUUUCAAGAAUGAAGUGUCACGCCAUAGUGGAGAGUUUGAGAAUAACAGAACAGGCGGUGAAAAAUUUAUUUCAUGUACAGAUACUGAUCAUGAUGGAGUCCAUGACGCCCUUGCCUUUAUGAAAGAACGCUGGGAUCAACUGAAUGCAAUUGUUUUUGCACGUGCACAAGAUUUAGAUGAUGUUGCUGCCAAGUUGGUAGAUUUCAACGACAAAGCCAGAGAUCUCGAUCAUACUCUACAACGCUGUGGUGACAGGUUGGCUUCUCUUGAUACCCUUGCUGGAACAGGAAAGGAUGCAAAAUCUUUGGAGAGAAUGAAGGCUUUACUUGAAGAAACAGAUGCACUUGGUAAACAAGUAGACCAAGUGAAGAAUAAGGGUGAAGAUUUGUGUGGUGCAGCUGAAGCCCUUGGGUCUGAUGCUAAUCACAUUCAAGAUGAGGUUGAAAGACUUGCUGACCGUUAUGGUGAUUUGAAAGGCAAGUUGGAGGAUCGCUGUCAUGAUCUGGAAGAGGCUUCCCAGGCAGUUAAUCAGUUCGGUACACUUGUUAAAAAUAUGGGUCAGGAAUUGACUGGCUUGGAUGACGAGCUUGAUCGCAUGGGAUCUGUUGGACGAGAUGUAAAGACUGUCACUGGUCAAAUUGAUCAGCUCCAGAGUUUCUUGACUAAGGUUGACCAUAAGAAUGAUGAAAUUGAGGAUGCUAAGGCAGCUUUAGAAGACUUAGUCAGCCAAGGAUUCACCAAUACCAAUAACCGUACUGCUGAAGAUCAGAUUAAACAGCUUAGACGGCAGCUUAAGAAAAUCCAAGACCGUUGCGAUGUACGAGGCAAGGACCUAGAUACCGUUCUGAAAAAGCUUGAGAAUUUCUAUGGCAAAUACAACUCUGUCAUGGAUGACAUAAAUGAAGCAGACAAGGAUGGCGAGUCAUUCAAACCUGUAGGUGCAGAUGUUGACACAAUAAUCACUCAACAGGAAGAAUUCAAACAUUUCAAAGGGGAUAGGGUUGAGGCCCUUGGGAAGCAAGUAAAUGAAUGUAACAAACUAGGACAAGGUCUUAUUCAGAGUGCUGCUUCUGGAGUCAAUACCCAAGCUCUGGAAAAUGAUAUUGAUGGAAUGAAUGAAUUAUGGAACAAGUUGAAGGAGAUGAUUGGUGACCGGGAGAAGGCUCUGGACAAGGGCUUAAUGCAGUCUGGCAAAUUCCAGGAUGCUCUAGACAGUAUGCUGCAGUGGCUUGGAAACUUUGAGGAAAUGAUGGAGAACCAAGCAUCCAUCUCAGGAGAAUAUUCUGUAGUUAAAGCCCAAGCACAGGAGCAGAAGUUCCUAAGGAAAAUGCUCAUGGACCGCCAAAAUGAAAUGCAAGCUCUGCUUUCCAUGGGUCGUAAUCUGGCAGCUGAUCUGGAGCCAUCAGAGAAGGCAGCAGUGGAAGGACAGUUGGACGAUUUAAUAAAUCGUUUUGAUGAUGCCAAUGCACGAUCACAAGAGCGCAUGGAAGCUCUCGAAGAAACACUAAAGGUUGCAAAGGAAUUCCAAAAUAAACUCAAUCCUAUUACUGAAUGGCUAGACCGUACUGAAAAGAAGUUGAAGGAGAUGAGUACCGUACCAUCUGAUGAGGAAAAAAUACAACGACUACUUGAUGAGCAUGACAACCUUCAUGAUGAAAUUCUUGGACAGAAACCUGCCUUUGAUGAUCUCACUGAUGUUGCCACAGCCCUUAUGAGUCUCAUUGGUGAUGAUGAAGCCAAUGCUUUGGCAGACAAAUUACAAGCAACCACUGAUAGAUAUGGACAGUUAGUAGAAGACUCUGAAGUUCUCGGUCGCCUACUUCAAGAGUCCAAGAUUGGUCUACGUCACCUAGUACUUACGUAUGAAGAUCUGUUGUCCUGGAUGGAUGAAAUGGAGGCUAGACUUUCAAAAUACCGCAUUUUGUCAGUGUUUGUGGAGAAACUAUUAGAACAGAUGGAUGAAUUGACUGAUCUUGGAGAGGAGGUAGUUUCUCAUGAAAAGCAAGUAGCAGAGGUUAUGGAUGCUGGUUCCCACCUAAUGAAACACAUCUCAAGCGAUGAAGCUCUUCAACUGAAAGAUAAGCUUGAUUCCAUACACAGGCGUUAUAAUGAUCUUAGUGCCAAAGCUACUGACCUUCACAAAGCUGCUAAUGAGGCAUUGCCUCUUGUACAACAGUUCCACAGUGCUCAUGAGCGCCUUGGAUCUUGGAUGUUGUCUGUUGAAGGUCAACUCCAGAGCAUAGACUCGUCUGGUCAAGGGCCAUUGGAGGAAGAAAUAGAGAGGUUGGCUCAAGAAAUACAGGAAAACCGUCCAUUAGUGGAGGCAGUAAAUCUGGUUGGGCCACAGCUGUGUCAAAUUUCCCCAGGUGAAGGUGCUUCAAAUAUUGAGACUUUGGUAACAAGAGACAACAGGAGGUUUGAACAAAUUUGUGAACAAAUCCAAAGAAGAAUGGAGAGAAUUCACAUGUCCAAGCAGAGGUCACAAGAAAUCACUCAAGAUAUUGAUGAGCUUUUGGGUUGGUUCCGUGAAGUAGAAGGUCAGAUGCGUGAGGCUGAACCACCUAGUGUGGACCCUGAAGAAAUUAGAGUUCAAUUGAAAGAACAUAAGGCACUUAAUGAUGAUGUUGCCAGUCAGAAGGGACGAGUACGAGAUGUUUUGUCUAAUGCCAAGAAAGUACUGCGUGAAUCGCCACAUCAUGAAGACACAAGUGAGCUUCGAGAAAAGAUGGAUGAUCUUAAGGAAACUAUGGAAUCGGUUUCCAAAUUAUCAUCAGACAGAUUGUCUACAUUAGAACAAGCUUUACCUCUGGCUGAACACUUCUUUGAAACCCACCAUGAACUUGAUGAUUGGUUAACAGCAAUAGAAAGUGAGGCAAUGGUGAUGGAUACUCCUGCUCUUCGAGCUGAUAAAAUCAUUCACCAGAUGGAGAGGAACAAGACCUUCCUGCAAUCUAUUGGAGACCAUAAACCUCUUCUUGACAAACUCAACAAGACAGGUGGUGCUCUUCUGAAACUUGUUAAUGAUGAAGAUGGAUCUAAAAUCCAAGAGCUUUUGGAGAGUGAUAAUGAAAGAUACAAUGCCCUUAAAUAUGCUCUCCGUGAACGUGGUCAGGCUCUUGAGGAUGCUCUGCAAGAAACUAGUCAGUUCUCAGACAAGUUGGAUGGUAUGCUUUCUUCUCUAGCAGAGACUGCAGACCAGGUGAAGAAUGCUGAACCUAUCUCAGCCCAUCCCGAGAAGAUUCAUGAACAAGUGCAAGAGAAUAAUGGUAUUAUUGAUGAUCUUGACAGAAAGGAGUCUGCCUUUGUUGCUGUAAAGGCUGCAGCAGAGGAGGUUAUUAACAAAGCCUCACGAAAUGAUCCAGCUGUGAAGGACAUAAAGACAAAGUUAGAUCGCCUGAACAAGUUGUGGGACAUGGUACAAAUGGCAACAACACAGCGUGGCCAGUCCCUGGAAGAUGCACUUGCUAUGGCUGAGAAGUUCUGGGAAGAGCUACAGAAUGUCAUGACUGCUUUGAAGGAUCUUCAGGAAACACUCAAGGCUCAAGAACCUGUAGCAGUUGAGCCUCAGGCCAUCAAGCAACAACGUGAAGAACUAUCACAAAUAAAGAACAAGAUAGAUCAGACCAAGCCAGAAGUUGAACAAGUUCGUCAGACAGGCCGUGACUUGAUGACCCUCUGUGGGGAGGCUGAUAAACCAGAAGUCAAAAAGAACAUUGAAGAUUUGGAUUAUGCUUGGGACAAUGUCACUGCCUUGUAUGCCAAACGUGAAGAGAACCUAAUUGAUGCAAUGGAGAAGGCUAUGGAAUUCCAUGACACAUUAAGGAAUAUGCUGGAGUUCUUGGAGAAGGCAGAAGUUAAGUUCAUUGCAAUGGGUGCCGUUGCUGGAGACAUUGAAGCCAUCAAGGGACAGAUUACCCAGCUACAUAAGUUUAAGGAUGAGGUUGAUCCCCACAUGGUUAAAGUUGAAGCCCUUAACAGACAAGCUCAGGAGCUGAAGGAACGAACAUCACCUGAUCAGGCAGCAGCUAUAAUGGAACCUCUGGGUGAAGUCAACCGACGAUGGGAUGAGUUGCUGAAGGGUAUUGUUCAAAGACAGCGCAGCUUGGAAUAUGCACUUCUUAAGCUCGGUCAAUUCCAGCAUGCUCUUAAGGAAUUGAUGGUCUGGAUUGAGCGCACAACAAAGACUGUAGAUGACCUAAAGCCAGUGUUUGGUGAUCCACAAGUUAUUGAGGUAGAGUUAGCAAAGUUGAAGGUCACUAUAAAUGACAUCCAGGCUCACCAGUCUAGUGUUGAUACACUUAAUGAUGCAGGAAGGCAGCUAAUUGAGGCUGACAAGGGCUCUGAAGAUGCUUCCAAUACACACAAGAAAUUGACUGAACUAAACAUAAAGUGGAGUGAAUUACAAGAUAAAGCAAAUGGCAAACAGAAUGACCUAGAAAGUGCUCUGAGAGAAGCUCAGAUAUUUAGUGCUGAAAUUCAGGAUCUCUUGCUUUGGCUGGGAGAUAUUGAUGCAGCGUUGUCAUCCUCGAAGCCAGUUGGAGGUCUUCCAGAAACUGCAAAGGAACAGCUCCUUAGGUUUAUGGAGAUUUAUGAAGACCUGGAAGAGAACCGUUCUAAGGUAGAAAACACUCUUCAGCAAGGCCAGGAGUACCUUAAACGUUCUCGUGAAGGAGCUGCUACCAAUCUCAACCACAGUCUGCGCACCCUAAAGCAGCGCUGGGAAAGUGUCAUGAACCGUGCCAACGACAAGAAAAUCAAGUUAGAGAUUGCUUUGAAAGAGGCCAAAGAAUUCCAUGAUGCCUUGCAAAUAUUUGUUGACUGGCUUACAGAAGCAGAGAACUUAUUAAAUGCCCAGCAACCAGUUUCUCGUGUCCUGGAUAUUAUUCUUCAACAGAUUGAAGAACAUAAUAGCUUUAAGAAAGAUGUCACUGCACACAGAGAAGUAAUGCUUAGUUUAGAUAAGAAGGGAACCCAUCUCAAGUACUUCAGUCAGAAACAAGAUGUCAUCCUUAUUAAAAAUCUCCUUGUAUCUGUCCAACACCGCUGGGAGAAAGUUGUAUCCAAAGCAGCUGAAAGGACUCGUGCUCUGGAUCUAGGAUUUAAGGAAGCUAAGGACUUCCAUGACAACUGGAAUGAAUUGGUAACUUGGCUUGAUGAUGCUGAGAGUACACUUGAUGAUUUGGCAGCAAAUGUUGGAAAUGAUCCUGAAAAGAUCAAAGCCCAGAUUGCAAAGCACAAAGAAUUCCAAAAAGCUCUUGGGGCCAAGCAACCAUCAUAUGACAGCACUAUGAAGCAGGGUCGUGGGCUGCAAAAUAAGUCUCCCAAGUCUGAUGAAGAGACACUGAAACAGAUGAUGACUGACCUGAAGAAUAAAUGGAACAGUGUGUGCCAGAAGAGUGUUGAUCGUCAGAGGAAACUGGAAGAAGCACUCCUGUUUACUGGUCAGUUUAAGGAUGCUACCCAAGCUCUCUUAGAUUGGCUCAAGAAGGUUGAAUUAGGCCUUGUAGAAGAUGGUCCAGUUCAUGGAGAUCUUGACACAGUUAUGGCACUUGUUGAGCAACAUAAGGCCUUCUGUGCAGAAUUGAAGAACCGCUCUGUUCAAGUAGAAAGUGUGCGUCGUACAGCAGAUGAACUGUUAAUUAAGGCUAGUGCAGAAGAUGCUGCUACUAUUCGCUCACAAAUUACCGAACUCGUCAGUUCAUGGGAAAAAGUUGAAGUGGCAACAGAAGUUCGUACUAGACGCUUGGAGGAAGCCUUGCAGGCUGCUGAACAGUUACAUAAGGUUGUACACAUGCUCCUUGAUUGGCUGUCUGAUGCCGAGAUGAAGCUCCGGUAUGCUGGACCACUGCCAGGUGGUGAAGAAGAGACAAGACAACAAAUUGCAGAGCAUGAGGCAUUCCUGGCUGAACUGAAUCAAAAAGAAAGGGAGAAGGACGAUACAAUUGCAUUGGCCGAAGAAAUUCUUGCUAAAGCUCAUCCUGAUGGUGUUGCAACUAUUAAACACUGGAUUACAAUCAUCCAGUCACGGUGGGAGGAAGUUAUGGCUUGGGCCAGGCAGAGAGAGACCAGACUAGCAGACCACCUUAGGAGCCUCCGUGACCUUGCUGGACUACUUGAUGAACUCAUGCGCUGGCUUGUUCAGGCUGAGAACAACUUGACAGUCUUGGAAGCUGAGCCUCUACCUGAUGACAUCCCAGCCAUUGAGGGUCUCAUCACUGACCACAAAGAAUUUAUGGAUGAGAUGCAGAAGAAAGAACCUGAUGUUCUCAGUAUUUGCAAGCCAACCAAACCUCGACCUUCACUUUCACAACAAGGCAAAAAGCGCUCAAGAGCAUCUAUUGGUCGUGAGAGUGUGAGCCCAGGAAGAGAAUCUUCGCCUGAGUAUGAUUACCCAUCACGGCGUUCCAGUCGUAUCAGCCCAGAUCGAGAAUCCUCCCCAGGACCUAAAUCUCGAAAGUCCAGCCGUUCAUCACCGGCACGUGAGAUCACCCCCACUCGGGAAUAUCCUCGACCGUGGAUGUAUGGAGCAAGAACUACACCACCACGAGAGUCCUCACCCGGAGCCGAUCGUGAAAGAGACUGGCCUCUCACGCACUUGCGCUUUGCCACAUCCACACCAACGCCUUCUGCUGCUGCUACAGCAGGCGGGAGGAAGAGCAGCAAAGCUAGUGUACGAGAGGAACCCCAGAUCAAGAAUCCUCAAGCUCGUGCAUUAUGGGAAAAGUGGCAACAUGUUGGUUUCAUGGCAUGGGAACGUAUGAGGCGUCUUCAUGACAAGCUCAGUUACCUUCAUGAACUUGAGAAGCUCAAGAACUUCUCCUGGGAAGAAUGGAGAAAGAGGUUUAUGAAGUUCAUGAAUCACAAGAAGUCUCGAGUGACUGACCUAUUCCGUAAGAUGGACUCCGACAAUGAUGGAGCUGUUCCUCGUGAGGACUUCAUUGAUGGCAUCUUAAAGACAAAGUUCCCAACAAGCCGCCUAGAAAUGGGUACCGUGGCCGACAUAUUUGAUCGUAACCAAGACGGGUAUAUUGACUACCAAGAAUUCAUCGCCGCACUUCGACCCGACUGGGAACGCAAGGGACCUCUGACUGACGCAGAAAGAAUUGAUGAUGAAGUUCAGAAACAAGUUGCCAAAUGUACUUGUCGACAAAAGUUCAGAGUUCACCAAGUGGGCGAGGGCAAAUACAGGUUCGGAGACAGUCAGAAACUUCGAUUGGUCCGUAUCUUGCGAUCUACUGUUAUGGUUCGAGUGGGAGGUGGAUGGGUAGCUUUAGAUGAAUUCCUCGUCAAAAACGACCCAUGCAGAGUAUGUCCAUCCAUACCUGAAUUAGAGCAGGUUGGAGAUUUGGAACUUCAUGAGCAUGGGUGUCCCUUAAGAGGGAAGACGUCACCAGCCGGGUCCUGCCGUAGCUCCUCCAAGGGUCGUACCAAUGUGGAGUUACGUGAGCAGUUCAUCCUAGCGGAGGGCGUAUCUCAGAGCAUGACACCAUUCAAGUCCAAGCCUAGCCCCAACAGUUCAGUGUCAAGCCAGUCUGGCACUCCUGCCCAGCAGCGAUCCCAGUCCCUGCCCAACUCUGGGCCCAUUAUGAAGGUGCGGGAGAGAACAGCAAAAAGCUCAGCCAUGGGCCGUACUUCCUUCAGUGCUGGUACCCCAGACUCCUCAUUCAGUGAGGAAGGAGGAACCUCAUCUUUCCAAGGUGGUAAACGCAAGGCCUCUGCACCAGUCACCUCUCGCUCAUCUUAUAAUACCUCAGGUGAAAGUCAGCCAGGAAGCCGGACAGGGAGUCGUCCUCCAUCACGAGGCCCUGGCUCACGUCCAGGAUCACGUCCUCCAAGUCGUGCUGGCUCAGAAGUAUCUCUUGAUUCCUUUGAUGGAGGUCGCACGCCUAUGAAACGUACGCCUUCCUUUACAGGCCGCACACGUGCACCAUCUAGUCAGACUUCUGGGGUUCAGCGGUCAUCAUCUCUUAGAAAGGCCUCGGCCCCUGUCAAGUCCUCUACAGGCACUGUCAACGGUACAGGGACACGUGCCAUAUCUGUUUCUUCAAGGUCGCGUAGCAUGACAAGGACUCCAUCAGCAUCCAGUAUUCCAGUGGCUGUGGCAUCCUCAUCCAGGUUAUAUUCACCGACUCUCUCCAGUCGAUUGAAAGAGGCAGGAAUUAGGACCAAAAUCCCGGUUCUUGUGAGUCCUGCCUCUGAUUGGGAACGGACUAACUUAUCUGGCUCCACAUCUAACCUGAAUGUUGCGGGAACACCCCUCAGGUCCAGAACUUCAUCAACUACUAGUCUUAACUCCAAUCAUUCCACAAGCAAAAUCCCAACUCUGAGACAAAAAAUGUCCGCCACACAUACCACCACCACAUCCAAGACUUCCACCACAUCAAGGACUCGGACUCCUUCAGGUUCCAGCAGCACAGGUGGAAGUACUAAAAUUGUACGUAAGUCUUCAGCAGCCUCUGACACACCAUCUGGGGCAGCGAGAAAGACAGGAAUCGUGGAACCAAGACGUAAAUUAUGAACACACUAAAUUCCAAAAUGUGAAUGAAUGUGGCGGGAUGACCAACACAAGAUGUAAACAUUUUUCUUACAUGACACCCAACACAAGUGAACAUUCACAACCAACAAAAUGACAAUGUGUUUAAAAUACAUGUACAGUAGUGGAUGCAAAACAAUUGUGGUAACAGUGUAUAGUUAGUCACCACUUGGAAAUAUUCAUUGUACUGCUCAAGUUUUUGACUUGUUCAGUGCAUUAUUUGGAAAAAAGCUUUAAUUGAACUGAUCAUAGUAAUUAUUAAGAGAUCUCUUACACAAAAUUCAUCUUGUAUUUAUCAUUUCUAUACUUUUUUUUAAAGUAUUCGUGCAACUGGACAAGGAUUCCAUGAAGCAUUCACUUAUAAAAUAAAAUUGUUAGCAUAUGUGAUAACAUGACAGGGCAGGUCCUGUUGCCUGAUAAUGUGGCAUGAUUUGAUAUAUUGAGCCUAAAUAGUGCUUAGAUAAUAUUUGCAUUGUGAAAUUGGUUUUUAAACCCUAUCGAAGGUUCAUUAUAUCUAGUCUUGUCAUAAAAAGUGAUAUAUGUAGGGUAGUGCAAGCCCAUUUUUGAGAUUUCUCAGCCAUUCCACUCAACAUAUCUUGCUUGCUUGUGAAUAGGUUGUUUAUAUGCAAGUCUAUUAAGACAUGUUGCUUGAGAAUUUGAUUUUUUCUUUUUUCUAUUGGCAUAACUCUAAAUAUUCAUUGAAAAUAUCUCUCGUGAUGACAUUACAAGUUAUUGUCUUCUUUUCAUGCCAUGCUAAGUUAAUUUUUUCUCUCUUUUUACAUUCAUUGAACCAGUACAGAGAAGCUCAAGUCAGCAGAUAGAUUUACUCCUCUGGUUCAUAAUCUAAGGCUGUUCUCAAGUACUCACCAUUAACGCUUCAUAUCUAACUUGUCUAUGUGCGUAUCAUCCAUGCCUAUGUGGGGUAUUACAGGUUGCCAAAUUGCCACACCUUAUAAGAAAAUAUAUGUUGAUUUGCAACUUGGAGUACAGCAGGAGUUAAAUGGUGCUUUAUAGUCAUAUAGAAUUUAUACUAAACAAAUAUUGGUACUUUAAAUUGUUAAAAAUGAGCCUUGGUGGUUUCUUGCCUGUGCUAUUAUUAAAAUGCAACUGUGAUGAGAACAUAAGCUUGAUCCUCAGAUAGUACAACAGUUUUUUGUUUUUCCUAAUUGUAAAUAGGAAAAAAUAUUCUUGUAACACUAUCUAAGCUAAACAACAGCUGAUCUCAUUGCAUUGUUUUGAAAGGUAUCAUUCCUUGUGUACCAUACAGCCUGAUGUUUUGAGUUACACAGAAAAUGAAUUUGAGACAAUUGUCAGGUGGAUAUGACAGUUCAAGUGGCUCUGGGAAAAAAUGUAACCAAGGUGGGUGGGCAGUGCAAGGAGAGACAGGCUGGUUCCGGGUUCUUUUGAAAGCAAAUACCAUCGGCUUUCUUCUGGUCUUGUAUCCCCUUGCAUUCUUCACUCAUGUUGGUAAAUAUAUCAGUCAUUUAUUUUUUUUUGUUUUCUAACUCUUAACAGAAUUUUAAUUAGUAUAAAUUUCUUACUGUUGUCUGUGUUUUUGUUGUAUUGUUUGUAUAAAUCUUCGCUUUCAUGCUUUGUUAUAAGUUGUAAAUAAUAUGAUAAUGUAGAAGCCCCAUGAGAGAUUUAAUUAUAGGGCACAAAGUAAAUUUCAAUGGAACUAAGUGAAAUCAGAUGUACUAAAGUUCUUUUGUUUGAACAUACCGUACGUGACCAAUCAUCAUAGAAUAUUUUUUGUAUUUAAAUUGCUUAUGAUUAUACUAAUGCUUCGAUAAUAAAUGAGUAACGAAA